AUGUUAGCUUCUGCAAUUAAUGGAGUGGGUAUCGCUCACCUCCCCAAUCAGCGCCAUAAAAUUGUGACUAAACGAGGUGUCAAUUUUACCCUGAUGGUUUGCGGCGAGUCUGGUGUAGGAAAAACAACCUUUAUCAAUACGUUGUUUACUACCGGUAUUAAAUCAGCGAAGGACCCCAACAAGCGCCGCGGAAAGCAAUUAGAAAAGACUGUUGAUAUUGAGAUAACCAAGGCUGAGCUUGAAGAGAAGAAUUUCAAAGUGAAAUUGACAGUUAUUGAUACGCCUGGUUUUGGGGAUUAUGUGAACAAUUAUAAUAGUUGGAUGCCGAUAUACGAGUUUUUGGAUGAUCAACAUGAAAGUUUCAUGGCACAAGAGCAGCAGCCAAUCCGUCAAGGCGUUAUUGAUAUGAGAGUUCAUGCAUGCUUGUACUUUAUCCGACCUAAUGGCCACUCUCUUAAGCCGCUAGAUAUUGAAGUGAUGAAGCAUCUUGGUUCCCGAGUCAAUCUCAUUCCUGUUAUUGCCAAAGCUGACACUCUAACACCAAAAGACUUGGCUAGAUUCAAACUGAAUGUUCUCGACUCAAUUGCGGCUAACCACAUCCAAGUUUAUUCAUGUCCUAUUGAAAGCGAAGACGAAGAGGUUACCAAAGUCAAUCAAAGUAUUAUGGCAGCUAUGCCCUUUGCUAUAAUAGGGUCUACACAGGAUGUUCAAACUAGCGAUGGCCGUAUUGUAAAAGGCAGAGAAUAUUCGUGGGGAAUUGCUGAAGUAGAAAAUGAGAAACAUUGCGACUUCAAAAAGCUUAGAAAACUUCUAAUCAGAUCCCACAUGCAUGACUUGAUAUCUACAACUGAGGAGAGGCAUUACGAGAAUUAUCGUCAAACGCAAAUGAGCACGCGCAAAUUCGGAGAGCCCAGGGUAAACAAGUAUGAAAACCCUAAAUUCAAGGAAGAUGAGGACCGACUUAGACUGAAUUUUACAAAGCAAGUGAAAGAAGAAGAGAAUCGUUUCCGUCAAUGGGAGGCACAGUUGGUUGCAGAACGCGAUCGGCUCAAUAAGGAUUUAGAGGAACAACAUGCUCAAGUGAAAGCAUUGGAAACCGAGCUGGAACACUUGUAUCAAUCGCAAGGCCGUAUGUCUACUCGAAGAUAA